CGAUUAGGCAGCUCUGUAGCGCCCAUUACCCAAGCUUAACCGGAACAGGGAGAGUCGGCAUUUUCUAUAGUCAUCUCGUUCUGACGUUAUUGUAACAAAACCAUGGGAGACAAUCAAUAUGGAUAUUCUGGAGGAGGUGGUGGUGGUGGUGCCUAUGGUGGCUACAGCAGUUACGAUCAGGCUGCACCUGCCUAUGGAGGUCCUCCUUCUGGUGCCCCUGUAAGCGGUGGAUGGGGAAACCAAGGUCAAAGCGCAGCACCAUACUCUGGGUAUUCUGGUGGUGAUGGCCCAGUUGGCGGCUACAGCACUCAACAAGGUGGUGCUGGUGGUGCACCAUCCACUGCAUAUCCGUCAGGAAGCAGCAGUGCUGGUUAUAGUGCCUAUGGCGAACAGACAGCUUAUGGAGGUGGUGGUGGUGGUGGAUCAAGUUAUGACAAUGCAGGAUCAUAUGGUGGAUCAGCAGCUUAUGGCGGUGGUGGUGGUGGCGGAGGUGGUUACGGCGGCGAUAGAGGUGAUCGAAGUGGAGGAGGGGGAGGAUUCAGUCAUAACGCUGGAAGCAGAGACGGGUUUCCCAAAGGUGGAGCUGCACCAGGAGCCGUUGCUGAUGACCGUAUUGUUAUGGACGACAGCGUGUUUGUUUCGGGUCUUCCUGAAAGUGUGACCGAGACCGAGAUCGAAACCUUCUUUGGUUCGAUUGGUGUUAUUAAAAUUGACAAGAAAACUGGCAAACCUAAAAUCUGGUUGUUCAAAGAUCGUGACACUGGCGCUCCCAAAGGAGAAGCAACAAUCACCUACGACGAUCCUAGCGCCGCUAAUGCUGCAAUCCAGUGGUUCCAUGGCCAGCCAUUUAAUAACGGACCAGUGCUGAAAGUCUCUAUGGCUACGAGGAAAAACAACUUCCCUGGAGGCUUCCGUGGAGGUCGUGGCGGGGGUGGCGCACGCGGAGGCGGCGGAUUUGGGGGAGGUGGCGGAGGAGGAGGCUUCGGGGGAGGUGGUCGCGAUAGUAACGGAGGAGGCUACGGGGGACGAGGUGGACCUCGAGGAGGAGGAGGUGAUCGUGGUGGAAGUGAUCGCGGCGGACGUGGAGGAGGUGGGCCCCCAUCUGGCGGUCCUGGCCGAGACGGUGAUUGGCGCUGUGCCGAAUCUGCUUGCGGGAACACCAAUUUUGCUUGGCGCUCUGAAUGCAAUCGCUGCAAAGCUCCAAGAUCGGAUUUGACUGGUGGAUCUGGACCUCAAGGUGGCGGUGGAGCUUCUAGUGAUGAUGAUGACCGUGGAAGCCGAGGGGGUGGUUUCGGACGUGGUGGAAGCCGUGGAGGACGCGGAAGUGAUGGCCCAUCAAGAGGUGGAUUCCGUGGCGGUAGAGGAGAUGAUGAUGGAGGAUUCAGUCGUGGAGGUGGGCGAGGCGGAUUCGGAGAUCGCGGCGGGUUUGGUGAUCGAGGCGGAAGAGGUGGUGAUCGUGGUGGUUACAGUGGAGGUGGUGGCGGCGGGGGUGGCCGAGGAGGAUACGGUGAUCGCGGAGGCUUCCGUGGCGGAAGAGGUGGCGAUCGAGGUGGAUACGGCGAUCGUGGUGGACGAGGUGGUGGCGGUGGCCCAUCAUUCGGUGACCGCGGACGUGAUCGAUCAAGGCCGUACUAGAUUUGGUGCAAGUAACCGUCAUUCUUUUUUACUGUAUCUAUUGUGUUCUAAGUUUGUUUUGGUCUCGUGUGACAGUUGGCUUGAAAAGAAGAUGAAUGUUCCAUUUUUCUCUUCUAUCAAGUCACGUUGAAGCCGUAAUAAUACAACUUUUUCAACUUUCAAAAA